AUGCGUUUUUCCCACCUCGCCGUCUUCGCCCUCAGCGGCCUAUCUCUCGCCAGCCCUGUUGUCCAGCAAGAGCGUCAAGAAAGCAGUGUGGAAUCCCUCCUCACCGAUCUCUUCGCAACCGUUCAGAUCUACACCGGAGCUAUCAAUGCUACACUCGCUCCCCUCUCUCCCUCGUCUCCGCUCCUUGAGAAGACUGCCGCGAUACCCAAAGUAGGCGAGCAGCUCAACAAGAUCACCGCUGCUAUUACUUCCACCACGACUGAGAUCCGCGACCUCGCUCCUGCAAACGCUACACAGCCCAUGGUGCCUGCCGACGGAAGUGAAAAGCGCUCUUCAACCGACCUCGAAGUGUCUCAGCCAAAAGAGAAACGCCAAUUGAUUGCUGCCGGUGCCCUUCUUGCUCUGAUCAUUGUUGAGAUCUUCGCGACAAUUACAGCCGCAGUCGCGAUCUUGGGUCUUGCUGGAUUGUUGAUCUUCAUUAACCCAUUGACGAGUGCGCUGAGUUUGUUGAUCUUGGCGGUACAGCUUGUGCUUAAUGUUGUAUUGGUGGGCGUUAUUGCGCUGCUGAACAGUGUGCUUGCUGCUUUGGCGUUGGGACUUAGUGGUUUGUAA